GGGGUAGGCUCGGCCCGCGCCAACGCCCUUUAGCGCUGCCUCUCGCCGGAGACGGGAGCGGCUCCUUUUUCUCUCCGCCACCGCCCCAGCAGCGACGCAGACGGAUCGGGUGCCGCCCGCGGCCCGGCCCGAAGCGCAGCGCACACCAGGUUUUGAGGUGUAUUCUCCUGUUGGUAGUGUGACAGCCCCAGCUUCUCCUGCUUUUGCUACUGUACUGCUCUUGCCCCACUGCCAGCCAGCAUGGAUAAGACCGAGUUGAUCCAGAAAGCCAAGCUGGCUGAGCAAGCUGAGCGCUAUGAUGACAUGGCCACCUGCAUGAAGGCAGUAACUGAGCAAGGUGCCGAGCUGUCCAAUGAGGAGCGCAACCUGCUCUCGGUGGCCUACAAGAACGUGGUGGGGGGGCGACGCUCUGCCUGGAGGGUCAUCUCGAGCAUCGAGCAGAAGACAGACACCAGUGACAAGAAGAUGCAGCUUAUCAAGGACUAUCGGGAGAAGGUGGAGUCUGAGCUCAGGUCCAUCUGCACCACUGUGCUGGAGCUGUUGGACAAAUAUUUAAUAGCUAAUGCAACUAAUCCAGAGAGCAAGGUAUUCUACCUGAAGAUGAAGGGAGACUACUUCCGAUACCUUGCUGAAGUUGCCUGUGGCGAUGACAGAAAACAAACAAUAGAAAACUCACAGGGAGCUUAUCAGGAGGCAUUUGAUAUCAGCAAGAAGGAGAUGCAGCCAACACAUCCCAUUCGCUUGGGUCUAGCUCUUAACUUCUCUGUAUUUUAUUACGAGAUUCUCAACAAUCCUGAGCUUGCCUGCACACUGGCAAAGACAGCGUUUGAUGAGGCUAUUGCAGAACUUGAUACACUGAACGAAGACUCAUACAAAGACAGUACUCUCAUCAUGCAGUUGCUUAGAGACAACCUAACAUUAUGGACAUCAGACAGUGCAGGAGAAGAAUGUGAUGCUGCAGAAGGUGCAGAAAACUAAACUGCACAUGGGGCGGCAUCUUCCCUUUCCUUCUCAAGAAACCUUUUUACACGUCUCCAUUCCUUAUAGCUCCACUUGGAUUUCCUAUAGCAAAGAAAACCCAUCCAUGUGUAUGGAAAUCAAUUUAUAGUCUUUUCACACUGCAGCUUUGGGAAAACUCCAUUCCUUGAUUUGUGUUUGUCCUGGCCUUCCUGGUGUGCGGUUACUGCUGUAGAAAAGUAUUAAUAGCUUCAUUUCAUAUAAACAUAAGUAACUUCCAAACACUUAUGUAGCGGACUAAAGUGUACCUGGUAUUUAAAAACAAAUCUGAACCAGUUCCUGCCAGUCAACUGUGUUUUGUAUUACAGUAAGAUAUGAAAAUGUAGUUAAUUGCAACUAAAGAGUGUUCCACAUUAGCUUUUGAUUCUUCACAUUCCCUUCUUAUUCUGCAGGGUUUCCUUUCCAUAAUUGACUUUCACACGCUACUGUGUAUUCUUUUCAGUACGAAAAGGGAAGUAUUGGGCCAGAUCAAGUCGAGCAUUUCUAGUUUGGAGAAUGACAAAUUGAGUUGGUUCCUGUAUCAUGUAACACAGAAGCUUGUGUGUUUGACAACAGGGGCUUCUCUUAAUCUUUGGUUGCUGCUGUUUAAGUUGGAAUCCCUUCCCAAUAAAAGUUCACUUACACUCCCGUCUUCGUAGUUCUGGUAUUCACUUUACUAUGUAUUAGAAGCAGCAUGUUACUGCCGGAGUACAGGCAGUGCUUUUUGGCAGACUAAAGUGCAUGUCAUUUCUUAAUACACUGGAAUGGGAAAACCAAUUGAAGUUCACAUGUCCAAGUAUAAAAUUUAGUACUUUUCCAUGCAGGUUUGUGCACAUGUGAGAAGGUGUCAAGUUUGUCCAGUGAUUGUUAUUUAGAGAGUUUGGACCACUAUUGUGUGUUGCUAAUCAUUGAUUGUAGUCCCAAAAAAGCCUUGUGAAAAUGUUAUGCCCUCUGUAACAGCAAAGUAACAUUAAAUAAAAUUACAUUUUAUAAACCA